AUGUAUCCGCAAAUACAGAAUUUACGUUCCCUCGAAUACGGAAGGGAGAAGGAGGCAAACGCCUUGAGGCAAGUAGAAGACGAAUUAGGAAUUCAUAUACUACCAUGUGGCCUCUUCAUCGAUGCCGUUGUGCCUUACUUAGGUGCAACUCCUGACGGCAUCGUAGACGAUGAUACCAUCGUCGAAGUAAAAUGUCCUAAAUCGGCGAAGGAUUUAUCGCCAGCUGAAACAAUAGAGCAACUUUCUGCAAUACGGCGUAUUUUCCAGGGUGAUGAAAUGAAUACAAUUCAUCACUACUAUUAUCAAGUGCAAGGACAGUUGCAUAUAACGAAUAGACAAUGUGCUCUAUUCUGUUUAUGUAUGUCGAAAGGGAUGAAAAUUAUAAAAGUACCAAGAAAUGAUACAUUCUGGGCAACAGAGAUGGAGUAA